AUGCUUUCCACUUUUUGUGAAAAUGGGGCAUUGCCUCCAAGUGUUGCAAAAACUGUGAUUGUCAAUGAAGACCUGACAUGGAACUGUAUAAUUAAGAAUAAGAAUGUGAAGGAGAACGUACUUGGAAUUUGCAACACUUUAAAUGACACAAAUGCCUUUAUUUUGCUGUUGGAUUUUAUGGAUGCUUGCAAAGCAUGCUCUGGCGUACAAGACAAUAAACUUAUUGAAUUGUCUAAGUUGAAAAACCGGAAUGGAAUGUUUAAAGAUCGACAAGGGAAUAUCAAAGGUGAACUGAAAAAUGAUGACGUUAUCAGACCAGUUGAUUGCUGUGGAGUUGUCCCAACAACUGCCAAUGGUAAUUUGUGUGACUGUUGUAAAUAUAAUAUAUCAUACCGUAAAUGCCUUCUGACAAUUUUGCUACGUAAGCAGUUGUGUGAAGUAUCUUUGGUGAAAGCAAAUAUCAAGGUCAACAGUCAUUGUCCAUGGAAACAUCUAUCGGAGGAAGAACACAAAGAAAGGGUAAAGAAUUGCAGGCAAGAUAGAAAACAACAAUUUCGUCAAAUUCAACGGCUAAAAAAGAGAUUUGAAGAUGAAUCUAUUGAACUUGUAUCAGACUACUUGCAGUCACAAAACAAAUGUGAAAAUAAGGACGACUUUAAAUCCUUGUUGCUAGAAGAGCAAGAGAAAGCAAUGCAGUACUCAGAAAAAAGAGGAAGAAGAUGGCACCCUUUAAUAAUUAGGUGGUGCUUUCAGAUGCAUGCAACAUUCCCAAAAGCAUACCAGAUGCUUCGGGAAAGUGGUAUAUUAACUCUACCUCAUAGUAGGACAUUACGUGACUACAGUCAUUGCUUUAAGGCUAAAAUAGGUUUUGCUUCUAACUUUUUAGAUAUAGUUAAGAAAGAUGUUUUAGAAAGAUGUAAUCCUAAAGAAUGUGAUUCAUCACAUGGAUAG